AAGUAGGUGGCGUCAGGAAACAAACGUCAGGAAGCAGUAGGAGUGUUUUGUCCUUAUAUUUUCAUAGUUGUGUCCUUUUUUGUCGGCAAAUGUGGACCAACGCAGAAGAAAUCUAACAGAACCUGAAACUUUUAUGGGACAAAACAGUUGACAGGUGUCCAGUAUGUCUUCACCUGUCCAUGUGAUCGUGGUGGGAGCUGGUUGUCGAGGAGAGAACUACGGCCAGUUUGCUUUCAUUCAUCCUCAACGCAUGAAGGUUGUAGCUGUUGCUGAUCCAAGAACGUUUGCCCGCACCAAAAUGCAACAGCAACACAAAAUUGAAGAUCAAAACGUGUUUGAAGACUGGAAAAACAUAGUUGAACGAGAGAAGUUUGCAGACGCAGUGCUAAUUUGCACUCCAGAUCGCAUUCACAAGGAUCCUGCUGUUGCCUUUGCAAAGAAAGGCUACCACAUUCUUCUGGAAAAACCCAUGGCAACGACAGCAGAGGACUGCAGAGCCAUAGUGGAGGCUUGCACUCAGGCCGGUGUGAUGCUGUCCGUGGGUCAUGUCCUCCGAUACGAUCCACUCAUUCACAAGAUCAAGGAGCUCAUAGAUGCCGGAGUUGUUGGGAACGUGAUCCAUAUACAGCACUUAGAACCAGUUGGGUUUUAUCACUUUGCCCACUCAUUUGUUCGAGGGAACUGGAGGAAUGAAGCAGAGAGCUCGUUUGCUCUGCUGGCUAAAUCGUGCCAUGACAUUGACCUGAUUCACCACUGGGCUGGAGCCCGCAGGUGCGUAAAAGUCACAUCUUUUGGAUCUGUUAGUCACUUCCGGAAAGAAAGUAAGCCAACAGGUGCUGGAGAUCGCUGCGUCGAUUGUUCAGUAGAAGGAACCUGUCCGUACUCGGCAUGCAAAAUCUACGUGGACAGAGUGAAACGGGGUCACACUGGCUGGCCGGUGUCAGUCAUCUGCCCAAACUCACUCCCUGACAUCGAGUCAGUAACUGAGGCACUGAGGAGUGGACCAUACGGCCGAUGCGUCUAUGAGUGUGACAAUGAUGUUUGCAGCAACCAGGUAGUAAACAUGGAGUUCGAAGGGGGCUUGACGGCUGCCUUCUCUAUGGUGGCUUUCACCGAGGACAUCUGCCAACGAAAAACAACUAUAUAUGGCAGCAAAGGCGAGAUGUCUUAUGACAGCAAGGAAAUAUGCGUGUUUGACUUCCUGACCCAGAGAACCACAAAGCACACGGCGAGCAGCGAAGCGCUCAAACACUACGGCAUGGCUGGGCACGGGGGAGCAGACUACCACCUCAUGAAUGCUUUUAUUUCCGCAGUGGCUAACAACGAUCCGUCCAUGAUUCGAUCCGGCCCCGAGGAGACUCUGAUCAGCCACUUGCUCGUGUUUGAAGCGGAGCGAUCGAGGGUGGAGGGCAGGGUGGUGUACUGUGGAGACAGCGCCAGACAGUGAAACGGCAACAGAAGCUGAAGGACAGCACAGAAAGCCGUUCUCCUGGCAGAAACUGGAAAGUGGAUUUGUUAAUCUGGACUAAACAGAGCUUCAGACUUCAAACCAUCGGUAUAAAUAAAUCCUCAGGGCAACAGACACUUCAAAUAUGGAGCUGGAUCAAAGCACCUCUUAAAAGUGUUGGAGAAGCAUCAAAUUUAACCCUCCGAUCAUCGCUGCUCCAUUGCAAUAUCACUUUAAGUAUGCCCUUAUAAUGAGGACCUAAACCUGUGUAUGCAAUGUAAAUCAUAAACCUACACAAUGUAUUCACCACAUGCUAUUUGGAAAUCUGGGUAGGCAAUCACCCACUGUCCCACAUGAUGUGUUUGCUCAAAGGAAGACUCAUAGCUUUUCAGUAAGUUUGAUUGAUUUCAUAUUGAGCAAUGAGAUGCGUGGUUGGACCUUUGACCUUGGUGUGACAUAAUGGUGAAACUUCUCCCUUUUUUUUCACGUUGGAGCCCCAAAGCUUCAAAAAACACAUUUUGUCACCUCAAUGUGUUUGAGGUUUUCUGCUGGUUUCCACUCACUAGAUCACUUUCUUUCCCCUGUAUGACUUUAGCCAAACUCCACGGAGGACUUCUUAUGAACUUUGUCCAACAAUGGUUGUCCUCUGGCCAAAUACAACUCGUCUUACAUGAAAGUCCCAGCUAAUAGCUGUCCUGUUCUGUUCUCACACCUGAGCUAUAGGUUUCAGGAGAUCCUCCAGAGCAGUUUCUUGGCUGCUUCUCCAAGUGAUGCCUUCCUCGUCCCGGCAGUCAGUUAUAGUCUCAUCUUGGUGACUUUGAGACCUCUAAAACGUUUUCCCUGACCCUUUGGCUGUGUUCCUUUGGUCUUAUUGUUGCUGUUUCUUCACUGAUGUUUUUUGGGGGGCUUUUUUUUUUUUUUUUAAACAAACCUUCACAUCAAACUCCAAUGAACUACAUUGAGGAUGGUGGUUGUAAUAUGACCCAAAAAAAAGUCAAAGGAUAUAAAUACCGUU